UCCUUGCUUUGUCAACAUCACUUGGUUAAAACAUUUAAGAUCCUUAAAACCCAACCCUCCUUGAGAUUUGCCAAUGCAUAAACUUCGCUAAGAGAUCUAAUGCUGACACCUUUCAUCUUUGGUUUGAUCCACUAAAAAUUAGAAAUCAUCCGAUUAAUUUGUUAGCAAAGAGAAUGGGAAACUUAAAACAAGUCAUCACAUACACUGGUAUAGCCAUAGCAACAGAUUUAAUACACUAGAGUCAAAGGGCUUUAAGUUAAGUAGAACGAAGACAAAGUACAUGCAUUGCAAGUUCAGUGAAGGCCAAACUGGUGAUAGGGAAGGAGUUAGUUUGGAUGGAGUGGUACUUUCCCAAAGUAAUCACUUUAAAUAUCUCGGCUCAGUCCUUCAAGUAGAUAGAAGAUGUGAGGAGGAUGUUAGUCAUAGGAUUAAAGCCGGAUGGUUGAAAUGGAGACGUGCUACGGGAAUUUUAUGUGAUCGCAAGAUUCUCAAUAAGUUGAAAGGAAAAUUUUACUGUACAGUCAUACGACCGGCUAUGUUAUAUGGUAGUGAGUGUUGGGCACUGAAGGAGUCGUAUGCGUCUAAGAUAAGAGUUGCUGAUAUGAGAAUGUUAAGGUGGAUGAGUGACCAUACUAGACUAGAUAAAGUCCAUAAUGAGAAUAUUAGAGAAAAAGUAGGAGUGGUGCCAAUUGAGGAUAAGUUGAGAGAAGGGAGAUUGAGGUGGUUUGGUCAUGUGAAGCGUAGACAUACGGAGGCUCCAGUUAGACAAAUAUAGCACAUUAAGUUAGAGGAUAGAAAGAAAAAAAGGGGUAGACCUAAAUUGACUUGUAAGAGAGUAGUACAACAUGACUUAGAAACAUUAUACAUUUCUGAGGAUUUAACCCAAAAUCGUGUAGAGUGGAGAAAGCGAAUCCAUAUAACCGAUCCCAAAUUUUUGGGAUAAAGGCUUAGUUGAGUUGAGUAGAACUAUCAACAAAUUCUUAAUUUUUUUAUUGAAAAAUUAGAAAAAGAAUUUAAAAUAAGGUUCGAAACCAUUGAUGAUUUUAUUUACUAAUUUAAAUUAGGCUUGUUCGAAUUGCUUUAAGAAUUUUUAACUUUAAUCCUUCCUUAUAUUAAUGUCCCCCUCUAUUGAGCCCAUGAAUGCAAGCCCAACUCAACAGGACUCUCUCUUCUGGGUUCCAAUACUGUUUGAAACUCCCGCGAAAACCCAGCCUUCAAGAAUACCAAACCUUGCCGCCUACACCUCUCCUCUCCCUUCCUUUCUCUCUGAAUUCUCAUAUUUGUUGUCAACUCUCUCAAAUAAUCCCUUUCCUUCACUCCCCUCCUCUUCCUUCCUCAAGAAUGACUUCCAAAGCAAAGCAUCCUUCUUCUUCUAUAUAUCACCCGCGUCCCUUCAUCAUUCAAUCAAUUCCCAACUCAACAACCUGCAAAUUUUCUCCUCCUUUAUUGUCUCAAUUCUAUCUUCUCCUUCUGUUUCAACCAAAAAAUGGCAUCCCAAGAAAGUUUGGCAUCUCUGAAGUCCAAUAAACCCUCCGAAGAACCCGAAACAAUCCCUCUUGAAACAGAACCCUCCACUCCUCUGAUUCCAUCAUCCAAGUACUCGAACCGGGUGGUCUUGAGAACAAUAAUAGAACGAAGUGAUGGAGGGGUUGGAUUGGUGGGUGAGACAAUUGUGAUUGGUGGGUGGGUGAAGUCUUCCAGGGAAGUAAGGAAAGACCCUCCGCCACAGUUGCAGUCCGAUGAUAAUGAUGGGAUUGUUGUGCCUCCAGGGCAUAAAGAAGUCAGCUGCAUGGAUAUUCUUCAAAAUCGAGUGCCCAUAUUCAGGUCAAUAUCAAAUAUUUUCCGUGGUAGCGGCAAUUACCCAGCUCGUGCAAAGUUGCAGCCUGCGCCCUCUAAACGAGUUGCAAUCUCUAAACCUCCUCCUCCAAUUCUUAACUUGCUUGUUAGCGAUGGUUCUUGUGUUGACAGUCUCCAGGUUACGAUAGAGUUCUCUGAUGACUUCCCAAUCCGACCACUGCCUAUUGGAACUUGUAUAUUAGCGGAAGGUGUCCUAAGUCAGUUACCAGCGCAGGGAAAACAUAGCAUUGAGUUUAAAGUAAAUAAAAUCCUUCAUAUAGGAACGGUGGAAGAUGAUAAAUAUAUUUUAUCAAAGAAGCGAUUGCCGUUGGAGACCUUGAGAGACUAUUCUCAUCUUCGGCCUCGGACAACUACGGUGGCAUCUUUUAUGCGAAUCCGUAGUGCCUUGACUUUUGCAACUCACACAUUCUUCCAAGUUAAUGGGUUUUUCAGUGUGGAAGUGCCCAUUUUAACAACCACAGAUGAAGGAUUUAGUGCAAAGUUCCAGGUUACUAGUCUUUCUGAUAAAGAAGUUAAAAAGGAGGAGCCAAAGAUCACUGGUGAUACUGAAGCUCUUAAAGUUGUCAAGGCUGCCAUAAAGGAGAAGAAUAAUCUAAUUCAACAACUCCAGAGAAGUGACAGCGACAGGGAGGCAUUGCUCGCUGCAGAGCAGGAUUUGCUCAAAACAAAACAAUUGGCAUCACAAUUAGAAGAAAAAGAAAAACUUAGGUUGGAAACUUUGAAGGCUGCGAAUAUUCCUGAAGAUUUCUUCUCUCAACAUACUUAUCUAACAGUUUCUGGUGUCCUCCAUCUGGAAAGCUAUGCAUGUGGCCUUGGAAAUGUCUACUCAUUUGGACCCAGGUUUCUAGCAGAUAGAAGGAUAUCCACAAAACAGGCGGCAGAGAUGUGGAUGGUUGAGGCUGAAAUGGCUUUUUCAGAACUAGAGGAUGCCAUGAAUUGUGCAGAAGACUAUUUCAAGUUCCUCUGCAAAUGGGUUUUGGAGAAUUGUUCAACGGACAUGAAAUUUGUUUCGAGACGCAUUGACAAAACCAGAACCAAUCUUCUUGAAGCAAUGAUAUCAUCUUCAUAUGAAAGGAUCACCUACAUGGAAGCAGUAAAUGUUUUGAAAAAGGUUGCUGAUAGAAAAUUUGAAACUGAACCUGAAUGGGGCACUGAAUUAACAUCUCAACAUCUAAGUUAUUUGGUUGAUGAAAUCUAUAAGAAGCCUGUAAUUGUAUACAACUUCCCAAAAGAAUUCAAGCCAUUCUAUGUACGGUUGAAUGAUGAUGGAAAAACAGUUGCGGCAUUUGAUAUGGUUGCACCCACGGUUGGAAAAUUCAUCACAGGUAGCCAAAAGGAAGAGCGUUUCGAUUUGCUAAAUGAAAGGAUAAAUGAACUAGGCUUGCCCAAAGAGCAGUAUGAAUGGUAUUUAGAUCUUCGCCGGUAUGGAACAGUCAAGCAUUCUGGUUUUACUCUUGGGUUUGACCUUAUGGUUCUCUUUGCCACUGGGCUUCCUGAUGUCAGAGAUGUGAUUCCUUUCCCCAGAAGCAGUGGCAAAGUUAACAACUAAACAGGCUGCAAGAAAGAAUCAUACCUCCAACAAUGGAAUAUCAUGCAUAAAAGGCAAAAAAAAAAAAGUAGUAUACAUGUAAAUAUGUAAGUGUAAAUGCUGACACAAAAUACAAGAAAGUUGCAUGCUAGAUCAAGAGCAUUAUUUUAAAUGCUGGUUCACCUGAUGUAUACAAAGAAAAUAUUGGUUGAAAUAAAGUUGUUCCAACUUUAUGCA